UGUCGGGAAUUACAAAUAUUAGUUAUUGAGAUAGAAACACAGAGAUAUGCCAGCUUGUGUAAUUAGCCCAACUUAAGGUGGGAUAGGUAUGCCUGUCUAACAUGACUCAAACUACAUUUUUCUGAUUAAACACUUCCCAAUCUUAAGGAGUUUUAUUUGUUAUCACAAUUCUAAUGAGUUAAAUUGAUAAAAAUUCUUAAAGCUGGAAUGUGCAUAAAAGGGCAUAGGAAAUAAACCAAAAUAAAGAGAAAAUUAAAACAGGUGAACAUAUAAAAGUAAAGUCAAGUACACUUGAUAUACAAUUGAAAAUAUAUAUUAAGGAAGGUUGUACAAAAUGGAGUGAUCAGAUAUACUAGUAUAUUUUAAAACAAAAAUGGAGAAUGAAAAUAUGGAAAUGCAUCAGAACCCAAAUACAAUGGAAGACAAAAUGAUCUGCUCACAAUACUUUAGAAAAACAAGGAUUCCUUAUCCCACAAACAUGAAACCAUUUAUGUAUAUAUGUUUCACAAUAGUGGUAAUGACCCUGAAAACACAUGGGGCAAUCAUCAGCCACAAUGGCAACACUCCACUGGGAGGCAAUAUCAUGUUAAACUGUACAAGGACUGAUCCCUCAAAGAAAUGGUUCUGGGAUAGAAAAAUAUCAGGAUCAGAAAAAUACCAAACAUUGUUCUUGGAUGGUAGGAUACAGCCAGGUGUAAAUCCUGAAAGAUUUGAAUUAAUCCAGAAUGGAAGAGUAUAUAAUCUUGUGUUAAGGAAUGCACAGCUAAAAGAUGAUGGACAAUAUAGGUGUUUUCAAGUUUUCAAGGAAGCAGAAACUACUGAACAGACAAUUCUCACAGUUGUUGUUAUGCCUGAACCUCUGAAUGUGACAGGGCUUGAAAUUGCACACAAUGAAGGAGAAACAGCUGUAGUACACUGCACAUCAAAACAUGGGAGACCAAAACCAGAUCUGAUAUGGAGAAAAAAUGGGAGUAUGACUGAGAUUGGGUUUGUGACCACUGAUGUCCAGCAUGAAGACUUGACCUUUUCAGUGACCCGUUCAUUGAUUGUGCCCAUAUCAAGGUCCUCUCUUACUGAUGAAUAUAUCUGUGAGGCAAGAGUGAGGCAAAUAGACUUCAGAGAAACAACAGCAGUUUUUAUGAAUGCACAUGUUCGUCCCUUUGAGCCAUACAUUACUGGAGCUGAAUUUGCAGAUGUUGGUUCAAGAUACAUCCUAAAGUGUCACUCAAAUGGUGGUGUACCCCCUGCAAACAUAACAUGGUACAGCAAGGACAUAACCUCAACAGGGACAUUUUACACACAACAGCAGAGCUUUCAAGAGAGCCAAAAAAUCAGUGAUAAUUCAUACAACUCGACAGCUACUUUGGUUCUAAAGCCAAGGAUUGAAGACAAUGGUCGGGUUUAUGUCUGUAAUGCAUCCAAUUCUGUUCUAGUAAAGUUCCGAGAGAAGGCUUUAACUACAUCUAUUGCACUUGAUCUGAGUUAUAAACCUGUUGUAAAUGCGACUGAAAUUGUAAGAGUGACAGAAGGAAAUGAAGCAAGGAUCUACUGCAAUGUUCAGGCUAAACCAGAGGCAAAUAUCACAUGGUACAGAAACUUCAAGGCCAUCAAUCCUGAAGAGGACAGGGUGACAACUGAGGCAAAUGCAGAGGGAGAUCAGCUCCUUAUUGUGAAGCCAGUGUUGAAGUCUGAUAACACAGCAGUCUAUGAAUGUGUGGCCAUAAAUAGACUUGGGAUGUCAUCUAAACAUAUUAAAUUAAGUGUGCAAUAUAUACCAUACAUAAAUAUAGGGCCAGAGGCACUGACAGUUGUCCGAGAAGGUGACAAUGUUACAUUAGGAUGUGAUGUAGAUGCUAACCCACCAGGUGAUGCAAUACAAUGGUAUAAGAAUGGGAAUCCCCUAGACACAAACAAUACAGCAUUAUAUCAGGUUACUAAUAAUACACUGAUGCUGCUAAAAGGAACAAAACCAGACAAUGGGCACUAUAGAUGUCGCUCCAGGAACAGUAUUGGACUAGGAGAGAGUAGUGCAUUAACAUUACAAGUGCAAUAUCCCCCAGAAAAUCUAACAGUAAUACCUGCAGGUUACAUGAGCAGUAUGGAAGGUUCCACUGUUCCAGAUAUCUUCUGUACAUCUCAGGCAAUACCACAACCUACCUAUGAAUGGAGAUAUAAUGGAGAGUACCACAAUGCAGGGGCCAAGUUGAUACCUGGAACAAAGGUAACAGGUGGUCAUAGGGGAACUUAUCACUGCAUUGCUAAAAAUAAAUGGGGACAGGACUCCACUUCAUUUUUCUUCAAUGUAUCAUAUUCUCCAUUAUGCGUCCAAGGACAACGUCUGAAAUAUGCAGCUGUGAUUGGUCAGCCUACGAGAGUAUACUGCUACGUUCAUGCUUAUCCCAGUGAUGUCACAUUCAGGUGGUUACACGGAGUAGCUCAGACAAGAGAUGAUGGGGUGUUAAACGGCACAGAUGAUGUCACAGUCUACAGCAGACAUGACAUCACACCAAGAUCAAAAACUGACUUUGGAGUUUAUGAAUGCAGUGGAGGUAAUUCUAUUGGUGUGAUGAAACAGUCUUGUAGCAUAGAACUCAUUGAGCCAAGUCCUCCUGAAUCCCCCACCAACUGUAGAGUAACAGCUUCAACAUGGACGUCCAUAGAGAUUCUAUGUGAUGAAGGCUUUGAUGGUGGAGCACCUCAGACAUUUUCACUUCAGAGGAAACGCAAUGGUGUAUUUCGUACAGAGUUGAACCAAACCACAACACAUUUUUAUUGGAACAAGUUACAGCAUUCUACAACAUACACAUUGAGAGUAUGCGCAGUCAACGCCCUGGUAUGGAAUAAAGUAAUAUGUGGAAGAGAGCUUUUAGCUACAACACCACCAGACCCAAGUAAACCAAUUAUCAGUGGAACAAGCAGGAUAUUCACUCAUAUGUAUCUACUUGCGCUGGUCAUCUGUAUUACAACUUUACUUGGACAUUGGUGAAAAAACAGAAGCAAUGACAGAUGGUGUGAUUACAACACAUAAGGAUCAACAUGACACACUACAAACUGACAAUGAAGCUGGAAUGAACCCUUCAGAGACAAUCUAAAAGUUCAAUACUAAAUAAUAUGCACGUCAUCUACAACUGCAAGACCACCCCAUGUUAACAAUUUUUUACUGAAAAGAGUCUUUGACCAUACAGUCCUACCAAAGGAAAGCAAACUAGACAACAGCAACGCCAA